AUGCCGCUCUUCUCCAAGAAGCCCAUCUUCAAGUCCGUUGCCGUCCAGAAACCUCGCAUCGUCGAGGAGAAGGUCGAGGCUCCGAAGCCCCCGCCGCAGAAGCUCAAGACCUCGCUCCCGCACCUCAGCAACGGCGGCGGCGGCAGCAGCCGGCUGCACGCGACCAGCGCCGCCUCGUCGCCCCGCGCAUCCCCGAAGCCCAACGGCCACGGCCACGGCCACAGCACGAGCAAUGGACAUGGACAUGGCAGCCGCCUCAGCCCGGCCGUCGCGGCCGCCCGUUUCCGCGGCAAGAGCGCCAGCCCGUUCCCCAGCUCGUCGGACGAGAGGGGCGGCGUCGGCGCCUCGUCGCGCAAGCGCAAGGUGAACGCCGGGGCCCUGCGCAAGUCGCCUGCGAGUGACCGGGUCGAGUUCGGCGAGGACUCGGAGCCGGACGACGACGACGACGACUGGGAGGACAGGCUGGACGCGCGCAAGCGCCGCAAGCAGGCGGCGCGGCAGAACGGCGCCGGUAGGACGGACCCGAAGCGCGAGCUGCGGCACCCCGUGCUGCUGGCUGCCGGAGCAGGGGAGUCGAACGGCGCGAGUAAGGCUGUGGUCGACAAGGAGGAUGGCGUGGUCCUGAAGAAGAAGAAGGGCGAGCUACGGUUCAUACAUGCUGCGGAUGUCGCGUCGCUGAAGCACAAGUGCCUCCCGACACUGGGCGCAAGUGAGGACGAGGUCGCGGUCGAGCUGCAGUAUCCCGGCUCGCGGCAAGUGGAACGGUACGAGCUAGUAGAGGGCAAGGACAAGAUCGAUGCCGUUCGCGAUAUCAUUAGGGUUGUGAAGGCCGUCAUCGACACCUACCUGACCGACGACGAGGCCUUAGCCUUCAAGAACACAGUCCGCCAGCUGGAGCGGACAUCGGCGCGGAACGUCUGGGACGCAAAGGGCUUCAAAGCCGCGCUAAGAGAGUACAACGAUCGCUUGCGCGCACUGCUCGACGACGGCACCAUUGCUAGAAAUCUAGCUAACAUACAUGAGAUUCCCGCUAAUCUCGUGGCGCUCAUCCUCAGCCAGGUGUACGACCGCACCGUGGCCCCCGACGUCGAACGCCUGCGGAAAUACGAGAACGGUACCGACAAUGUCUAUGGCGAGCUCAACGCCCCCUUCAGCUCCAUGGUCUUGGCAGACCAGUUGAAGAUGACUUCGGAUCAAGUCUUUGUCGACCUCGGCUCGGGUGUCGGAAAUGUCGUUCUGCAUGCGGCUUUAGAAAUCGGCUGCGAGAGCUGGGGCUGCGAGAUGAUGGAAGAGCCAUGCAACCUGGCCGACCGGCAGCUAAAGGAAUUUGAGUCGCGGUGUGAGCUCUGGGGAAUUGCCGCAGGCAAAGCAAGUCUCGAGAGAGGCGACUUCCGCAAGAACGAUCGCAUUCUCCGGGCCCUUGCGCGCGCCGACGUUGUCUUGGUGAACAACCAAGCCUUCACAUCUCAGCUGAACGGUGAUCUUGUGCAGAUGUUUCUAGAUCUCAAGCAAGGCUGCAAGAUAGUCUCUCUCAAGACGUUCGUCCACGACUUCAAGAACGCCUCAUACAACAGCAACGAUGUGGCCACCACGAUAUUGGAUGUCGAAAACCAUACAUACCCCGAGGGGUUCGUCAGUUGGACAGGAGUUGGCGGAACCUAUUGCAUCUCCACGAGGAAGUGA